AUGUCUACAGUAUUAUCAGAUCGCCAAAAGGAGGAACUUCACAAGGCCAUCCUCGACUACCUAUACACAAAUGGUUUCACGGAAGCAUUCAAUUCCUUCAAAUCGGAGACCCAUUAUGAUGAUUUCAAUCCGGAUCCCAAGCAAAAGUACGCUGGAUUGUUAGAGAAGAAAUGGACGUCUGUUAUUCGGCUGCAGAAGAAGAUCAUGGACUUGGAAAAUAAGAAUACACAAAUGCAAGAAGAGCUUAACAAUGCACCUCUUCGAAAGACCAACUCUGCUGUCGAUUGGGUUCCACGUGCACCCGAAAAGUACUCAUUAACAGGUCAUAGAAAUCCGGUUACGCGGGUUACGUUUCAUCCAGUAUUUUCCGUGUUGGCUUCUGCAUCGGAGGAUACUACCAUAAAGAUUUGGGAUUAUGAAACUGGUGAAUUUGAGCGUACUCUUAAAGGACACACCAAAUCGGUUCAGGACAUAGCUUUUGAUCCGAAAGGAAAUUAUUUAGGUACCGCUAUUCAAUAUUUACUGAUGUUUUACGUUUCUUGUUCCGCAGAUUUAACAAUAAAAGUUUGGGAUUUGCAGAAUGAUUACAAAUGUGUCAAGACUCUGUAUGGACAUGAUCACAGUGUUUCCUCCGUGGAGUUCUUACCCUCCGGGGAUGUCAUCAUAUCCGCAUCUCGUGACAAAACGAUUAAAUUCUGGGAGUUGGCCUCGGGUUAUUGUAUAAGGACAUUCACUGGUCAUUUGGAAUGGGUGCGGAUGGUAUCACCAAGCGAGGAUGGCAAAUGGAUUGUGACUUGCUCUAACGAUCAGACUGCGCGUCUUUGGGAUGUUACAUCUGGGGAAUCCAAGAUGGAAUUUAGAGGUCACGACCAUGUUGUAGAAUGUGCAAUUUUCGCCCCGGCGACCGCAAUUCCCUUUAUACGGGAAAUGGUGGGACUUGUUGUUGAUCCAAAUGCUAAGUCUAAAGAUCAAAUACUUCCGGGACAGUAUCUCGUUACAGGCUCGAGGGAUAAGACCAUUAAAAUUUGGGAUUCCACAGGUCAAUGUGUAAAGACAUUGGUGAGUCACGACAAUUGGGUACGUGGCUUGGUUUUCCAUCCUAGCGGGAAAUAUCUUUUCAGCGCAUCUGACGACAAGACUAUGAAGAUAUGGGACGUGAAAACUGGACGUUGCACAAAAACUUUAGAAGCACACUCCCAUUUUGUAACGUGCAUUGCAUUUAAUCCGACGAGUCCUGUGGUUGCCACAGGGUCUGUGGAUCAGACGGUGAAGAUUUGGGCCCCGUAUAGACUUAAUUCUUUGGAUUUUAUAGAAAAAAAAAUGUUCGACCAACUUGACGAUCUAUCAAUUAACACCAUUCGCACACUUGCUGCCGAUGUCGUACGCAAGGCGAAUUCCGGUCACCCAGGUGCUCCCAUGGGUUGUGCACCGAUGGCACACGUUCUUUACCGAGGAUACGUUAUGGCCAAUCCGGCAAAUCCAAAAUGGCCCAACAGGGACCGUUUUGUGAUGUCCAAUGGCCACGCUUGUGUGCUACAGUACAUUUUGCUUCACUUGCUUGGUUAUAAUAUGACCAUGGGUGAUUUGCAAGCGUUCCGUCAGGUCGAUAGCAAAACUCCCGGACAUCCAGAGUCUCAUAUGACUGAAGGUAUCGAGGUUACAACUGGACCCCUGGGUCAAGGCUUCGGUAAUGCUGUGGGACUGGCCAUGGCACAGGCGCACCUUGCUGCCAUCUUCAACAAGCCAGGUUAUGAGUUGUUUACGAAUUACACUUAUGUGAUCACCGGUGACGGUUGUCUACAAGAGGGUGUCGCAUGCGAGGCCGCUUCUCUUGCAGGUCAUCUUCAGCUUGGCAAUCUGAUAAUCCUUUACGACGACAAUCACGUUUCAAUUGACGGCGACACUGAUGUAAGCUUUACGGAAGAUGUUGUUAAACGUUUCGAGGGUUACGGCUGGCACACCCAAGUCGUAGCUGAUGGCGACAGCGAUUUGGACGGCAUCGCUGCGGCAAUAGAAAAUGCAAGGAAAAUCAAGGACAAGCCAUCCAUUAUUAAGAUCAGAACUACGAUUGGCAUUGGUUCAAAGAAUGAAGGCACCGAGAAAGUGCACGGCAGUCCCCUACAUCAGGAUGAUAUUGUCGAGGUUAAGAAGAAAUUUGGAUUUGAUCCGGAGAAACAUUUUCACGUGCCAAGUUCGGUUUAUGAGUAUUACGCUCAAAUCCGGGAAAGAGGUGCUAAAGCCGAGGCUCGUUGGAACAAACUUUUGGAAGAUUACAGUGCAGAGUAUCCGCAGUUGGCCGCAGAGAUCAAGCGUAGGUUCGCCGGUGAACUGCCGAAAAAUUGGGAAAGUCAUCUGCCACGUUACACUCCUUCUGAUCCUCCGAUCGCCACUAGGAAAUUAUCCGAAAACGUUUUGAAUUGUAUUGCGGACGUUUUGCCCGAGUUGAUUGGCGGCUCGGCCGAUUUGACAGGCUCUAACUUAACGCGAUGGAAGACCGCCGUUGACUUUCAGCCUGAUUCCACGGGCAUAGGCAAAUACAGCGGUCGUUAUGUCAGGUACGGAGUCCGUGAACACGGCAUGGCGGCUGCGAUGAAUGGCUUAACUGCUUAUGGUGGAUUUAUCCCAUUUGGCGGAACGUUCUUGAACUUUAUAAGCUAUGCUCUCGGAGCUGUUCGAUUGUCAGCGCUGUCCUCGUUCCGUGUGCUUUACAUAAUGACCCACGAUUCCAUUGGUCUAGGGGAGGAUGGGCCAACUCAUCAGCCGAUAGAGACCGUUGCUGGCCUUCGCGCGUUACCCAACAUUCUAAUUUUCCGUCCAGCGGAUGGAAACGAGGUGUCCGGCGCCUACCUUUCCGCGAUUAAGAACAUCAGUCGUCCUUCAGUGCUUUCUCUCACCAGACAAAAUCUCCCACAUUUGGAAGGUUCUUCGAUUGAGAAAACGCUCAAGGGUGGUUAUGUCUUGCGAGAAGCCCCGGAUGCUCAUAUCACUUUAACUGGAACUGGUUCAGAGGUUUCAAUUGCCGUUGACGCUGCAAAAUUAUUGACCGCUGAAGGAAUCAAGGCACGUAUCGUGUCCCUUCCAUCAUUUGAGCUUUUUGAAGAGCAAGAUGAGGAAUAUCGGUCAUCGGUGUUCCCCGAUGGUAUUCCCGUGUUGAGCGUUGAGGCUCUUUCUACCUUUGGCUGGUCAAGGUAUGCGCAUGUAAGUAUUGGCAUGAAAACAUUUGGAACUUCCGGUCCGUAUAAAGAAGUUUACAAGAAGUACGGUCUCACUCCCGAGAAUGUCGCGGAUAAGGCGAAGAAAACGAUCGAGUUUUAUAAAACCCACCCCCUUAAUUCAGUUAUUCAUAGACCAUUCUAA